AUGCUCGAGACAACUAUCGCUAAAAGUGCUGUAAGGAAAAAUACCCCUGGGGCGAGAGUGGGGCCGGCAGAACUGUCCACCAAAGAGUACACCGACAACCCUGGCGAGAUAAUGGAUUUGAGAUGCCCCACGUGCGGGAAACAGUACAAGAAAAGAGCCGGGUUCCUAAAACAUUUGAAAACACACGAUGUCAUUGAUGCAAGGCAGACCUCUUAUUAUUUAGUUUUACCGACACAACAAAUAAAAUUAGAAAUGGCUUAUCUACAGUCGAUGCCUAAAUCUGAAACUAUCAAACUCCGUGAGAAACAUAUUGGCGGUGCUUGCCAAUUGUUCUUCCGAUCGUCUCCCUUGAAAAUUGUUCGGGGAAUCGCACAAUUCAUGUUUGACGAGACGGGUGACAGAUAUCUGGACUGUAUCAACAAUGUGGCACAUGUUGGUCACUGUCACCCACACGUGGUAGAAGCUGGCCGCAACCAAAUGUCGUUAAUAUCGACUAACAAUCGUUAUCUUCAUGACGAACUAGUGAUCCUAGCUGAAAGGCUAGUCAAGACCUUACCAAAACCACUUUCAGUAUGUUUCCUUGUCAAUUCCGGCUCGGAAGCCAACGAUCUUGCUCUAAGACUUGCCAGGAUUCACACCAAGAACAAGGACGUUAUUACCUUAGACCACGCGUAUCAUGGUCAUCUUACUUCCAUGAUUGAUGUGUCUCCCUACAAAUUUAAUCUACCCGGAGGCCCAGAGAAGCCAGAUUGGGUUCAUGUGGCACCGGUUCCGGAUGUGUACAGAGGAAAAUACACAUAUCCCGAUGAUUCUCAGAGUGUAGAAUUGUUGGGACAACUGUAUGCUGAUGAAGUCGGCGUGAUCUGCAGAAAGAGUAAAAAGGAAAAAGGUGGAGUUUGUGCUUUCAUUGCUGAAAGCCUGCAAAGUUGCGGUGGUCAAAUUAUCCCACCUGAUGGAUACCUCAAAAAAGUAUACGAAUACGUCCGCGAAGCUGACGGUGUUUGUAUAGCCGAUGAAGUCCAAGUUGGUUUUGGACGUGUGGGUACUCAUAUGUGGGCUUUCGAAACUCAGGAUGUCAUUCCCGAUAUCGUUACAAUGGGCAAGCCUAUGGGCAAUGGACACCCGGUGGCAGCUGUUAUUACUACCCCCGAGAUUGCGAAGAGCUUCUGUGAUACCGGAGUGGAAUACUUUAACACCUAUGGCGGUAAUCCUGUAUCCUGUGCGAUCGCAAACGCUGUUCUCGACAUCAUCGAAGAAGAAAAAUUGAUGGAACGCGCUCACCGCGUCGGCAACCAUUUGCUCAACCGUUGUGAAGAACUCAAGCAUAAACACAGUUUGAUCGGAGAUGUACGUGGAAAAGGACUUUUUGUAGGAGUUGAGCUUGUGACUGACAGGAAAACAAGGACACCAGCAACAGCGGAAGCGAAGCACAUUGUCAACAGAAUGAGGGAAGAGAAGAUUUUGAUAAGUCGGGAUGGUCCUGAUAGUAAUGUGUUAAAGUUCAAACCGCCAAUGGUGUUUUCAUCGCAAGAUGCUGAUAGGCUUGUUGAUACCUUGGACAGAGUUUUAGAUGAGCUUAAAGGCAAUACAAGAACCGUCACUAAUCUCAAGCUGGAGGUCCGCGUCACACCGAUUGAUGACGCGAACGCCGAGGCAGUUUUAAAAACCAACAUGACACAGUUGCUAAAAAGCUCAUGA